AUGAGGUUUAACGUCCCGGAGAAAACACGGGCAGCGCCCGUGUUUCAGAAGCCUCCCGAAGGGCAUGGAGACGUGCUACGCUGGAGAGAUUUCUAUGUGCCAACUCUUGAGAAGACUCAGCUCAUUGCAAAGGAUUUUCCUGAGCUGCACAUCCACUUCUGGCCCGACGUAUGGCCAUUCAUGGUGGAGCUCAAAAUGUCCGGCUGUGUCAUGACACAAGCAAAUAAGACUUUCAGCUAG